UGAUCAUCUGCUCCAGCUUUCAGAUCUCUUAAUUAUCGCCCGCCUCAAAGAAAAUAUCCCCAAAUAUGGCCCCACAUCUGGGACACGAUGAGUUCUUCAAAUCUCUCACCGAACUGCUCUCCAAAACUUCCCAAGAAACCCACGGCUCGGUAAACCUCACUCAAAAACCUCUCAUUGAUGUGCCCGGUGCCACUACCACAAACUCCCAACCAUCUAUCCUCAUUCGAGCUACUGAUGGAAACACCAAUACGCCGAACCUCAAGAACGCAAGCAAGGAAACCCAGAUCUCCAUGAAGAAGUCUCAGAAGAUAAAGCUCUCAACCAUCGUCAACCCAGAUGACAUUGAGGCGUUCUACGUUCGCUACGCCGAGGUCUGCAAAGCAGGAAUGUCCGGGUUGAAGAAGCGAGAUCGCCGCGGCCGCAAGGCCAAGACGAAGGGCGGAGCUGCUAAGGUCACAAAGGCAUAGAUUUGCUGUUCGGUCUAUUCCCUAGCUGGC